UUCUUAAGUAUAAAUCGAAAGCAAAAGACGCGAUAAGCCCACGGAGGUUCCUCUCUGAAGUCUUCAACUCACCGGUUUUGCAAGAGCACGUCACUGAAAAACCUAACUUUGGAAUAGAAAUUGAAGGAUGGUCAACAUAACAUGAGAUAACAUAUAUACUGCUGGAUUAACCUCUUGCUCUUUUUAAUGCACUCUGGCGAGGAAACGAAGAGAUGGCACUUGUCGCCAUGGACGAACGUUUGAUUGGGAGAUCUCAAGAAAAUCGUCAAUCACUGGACGCUUCUACCCAAACUGACCCUACGACACUCGCCUGGCGGGCACUUUCGUAACAAAUGAACUUCGAUCUUUAUUCAGGAUUGUAUCGAAACAUGUAAACUGUCACAUUUGAUAAGAUAUUUCAUUCACGCUUGUUGAAGGAUGUAUCGGUACUGGUGACAGCACAAACCUGGUUACGAACAGGAUACCUCUUCAAGCAAUAGCCUACUUAGUACCUCCAGAGGAACUGCAGAUCACAUUCGCCCCUCCAAAAGGAAGACUGUCGAGGAUGACAACUGGACUUCUCCGAGCAUCAAUGAGCAUGGUCGCCCAGGCUUAAAUCGCGACUUAGGCUAUAUAUCUCCGAGAAUAUACUGAAGUCACGUCAGUUCAGUUCUACAUCGUUUCCACAGGUACCACUGACCACUAGCACCCUAGGUUCGCCGUUACUUGAGGAGUAAAGCCAUUUCUUCAUCCUUUUUUUUAUUCUCUCUAUUCGCGCAAGAACAAAGCGGUUUUGUCAUGUGUUAACUGAGGAGACAGUCUGAGGAGACGUUUUGAAGAUAGAAUCUCUCUGAAGAGGACACUUCAGCGAUCAGCGACAAAAAAUUUUUUAGAGCUGUUCAUAAAAAUGUCCAAUGUUCCAAAACCUUCCUGGUUUCAAACAUAAACAUAACGUCAUCCUUUCUUCAACUAGAUGUGUUGAAAAAGGCUUACCGUAUGGAUAUUAAUGGUAUUUACCCAAAACAGACCGCUUCGCCCUGAGACAUUCAGUGGAUUAACCUUAGAUCUUCGACAUCAAAAUGGAUGGACGUAUUCUGCACACAGUGCUUGUUGGAGUGCUGUUGUUCAUUAUUGCCUGUUAUGGUAAAGAUGAAAGGGCAACCUUCUGCCUGACCAAGUCCGAGACGCUCAAUCCACCUAUAAACUGCCCCAAAGCAUGCGCACCAGUCAUCCUUAUAAAGGAAUCGAAGAGCCAGAUCUUGACCGAUUGCAACGCCACUUCCUCAACUGACGCUUGGAAGCCAAAUGAUACGGCAUCACACAUGGUAUGGAACAGCUGUAACCUCCGUGGUUCAAGCUGCACGCCCAUUACCUACCACGACCACAGUGCAGUCCGAUUGGAAGUGUUUUACACUUGUGUGAACCGUCUUUCCCUGCACAGGCAAGAUCUCUGCUCCGAUGUUGGAUUUGUCGUACCGACACCAUUUUAUCUUCACACCCCAGGCUACCCGAAAUUCGACACAACAACAACACAGACAAACUGUACGUGCAGGCUGCUUACAGCAUCCGGAAGUGACAUCACGUUGACGGUUCUUGAUAUGCUGACGUCGAUGCCAGAGUCAUUGAGAAUAGAAUGGAAUGGUGGGAGAGAAGAUAUCACGACAGUGUUGGAUGAAGUCGGUUAUCUGGCGGCCAAACGUUCCGUUACUAGAAAGGGUAUGGUGGUGAUAUUCAAACCCCAGUUCACUGGGAGAAAAGCUUAUAUGUGGAUUAGAGUCGAAACGCAAGCCAUGGCCAAUGCAGCACCGGAAACAGUAUUGCUGACCUGUAAUGGAAAGCUAGGGACGAUUCCCACGGCAAGCCCAACGAUAUCACCAUCUCUAUGCCCGACGACAACAUCAACUACAACUACUACAACUACAACAGCAUCGACAACAACAACAACAACAACAACAAACCUGCCAACUACAACAUCAAAAAAUGAAACGGCGCCGAAAAUAACAACAUAUGGAUUAACGGCAUUGACUCCAACAGGAACACCUGGAUCCAGCUUUAGUGUCUACUACCUAGUGCCUGUUAUCGUCAUCGUGAUCACAAUUAUCAUUUUGGUUGUGGUACUAGUCAGAAAAAAACGACGAGAACGCCUGGAAAAUGCCAAGCCGGUGAAAGCACCUAUCGAACUGAUAUGCGUGAGGGUGGACCGGAGCCUCUACCUCACGAGCGGAAGACCAAAAUUCAUCCCAGAGACACCUGGUGGCCGAGCGGCAGACCACUCGUCCCACAAAGCUUUAGCACUUUCACCAAAAGAACUGGUUUAUUUUGAUCAUCCGAAGAAUACGGACACGCUAAACAUUAGGGCGUCACGUAGUGGUGAUGGUAGUAAACAGAGUUGAAGGCUAUUUAAUAAAAGCAUUGAAUUUAUUAGAGAAAUAGACAGUAGCCUAUAUAGAAAAUUGGAACAGUAAAAUAGUGAUUCCACGACAGCGGAAACCAUCGCAGUUUGCCGUUGCGGCGAAAUUUAAACUUGGGAACCAAACUGCUCCUGUUGAACUCGGUCCUUGAGUGAAGUGGAUUGACCCUGCAGGAAAUGUCCUUGGAAUCAUACACAGAUCAGCAUCUGUGUAGUGGAAUUGAACAAGUGAAAGGACAUUCAGUAUAUCAUCCUGAACUUCAGGCCAACACUUGGCACUAAAGACCGAGUCUGCGAGGGGAUGAAGUAACGACUGACUCUGGGUUUCCGUAGACCCCCGGGGCAGUCCAUUGAGUCAUCCUAAUUGGAUAUCUUUAUGACAGGACAGAGCCAGGCCAAUGCGUCCGCGGUGUAGUUUUUCGAGCAUAUCAGUACAUCGACGCUGAGGCCGAACUACAAUAAAUGAGUACAAAUACAUCUCACCGCAAAAAAUGGCUAGGGCUGAAAGAGUUAAGAUACAGGUGAUAUCCUCUUUUUGAUCGUUUUUUUUUUGUGUAUCCAAGACAAUCGAAGCAUAUCUGUCAUUAGUAUGUUGCGGUAUAUGGUAAAUUUAAUAAACUAUAUCGAGUGAAAUAAAUGAACU